AUGAAAGGGAGAGGAGAUGAUGCCUCGUCUCAGGUCCUGUGCGUGCUUCCCACUUGGCUCAAGUUUGACCAAACUGAUCAAUGUCAUCAAAAUCCGCAGAGUCGCCCUGGCUGGUUUGGCUCAGUGGAUAGAGCGUUGGCCUGCAGACUGAAGGGCCCCAGGUUCCAUUCCAAUCAAGGGCCCAUGCCCGGGUUGCAGGCUCGAUCCCCGGAGUGGAGUGUACAGGAGGCAGCCUAUCAAUGUUUCUCUCUCAUCAUGGAUGUUUCUAUCUCUCUUUCCUCUCCUUUCCUCUCUGAAAUCAAUAUAUGUCUUUUUUUUAAACCCUCAGAGUCAGUGUGA